AUGUCAAUGAUCAGAAGCUCCAUCAUGCGCAGCAGCCGCAUCAGCAUUCUGCGACCUCUCCGUCCUGCAAACUUCGUGCGCAGCUAUGCCAACAAGAAGAACAUGGACUCGACAGCAGGACAAGCCAGCCCUGGCACAGCAUCCAACGUCGGCAACCCCGUCAGUUCGAGCCCCGAGUCCAACAACGUCAACCAGUCGCGAGCCACCGAUGCUCGCACUGGAUCGCCCGACACAGCCAGUAUUCAAACACCGGUCAGCAACCCUUCAGGAUCAGCUACCCAGGGUAGAGGAGAGGACAGCAGCAUGCAGGAGGCUUUCAAGCAAGACCCCAAUGCACCUGCAUCGGAGAAGAAGAAGAAUGUCGAGAAGAUGGGACAGAAGCCUCUCGACCCUGCCGAUAAGUAG